AUGUCUACAUCCAGAAAAACCGUUCCUGGAGGAAAGUCCGUGCCGAAUGCCGCUGGAACCUCGAAUGGAAGUGUUUCUUCCAACGGCCAUGGUAAAAAUGGUACUUCUGAAUUAGACUAUGAAAGGGAAUCCCAGCAUAGGUUGCGACCACAAGACAACUACUCCACCAUCGCAGCCUGCUCCCACCUCAAGUCCGUGUUAGAAUCAUCAGCCCGAGAGACGGCCCUCAUCACAUACAGACAAGCUGUCAACAUCUCUCGGCCAAUCGAUAAUGACCUUAUCUACACCGCGAAGAAGGAUGGCUCUGUAGUGUCGCACCAUCGUUUGUUAGUACGAAAAUCCUCAUCCUUGCGGUGCACAGACUGUUCGCUCAACAACUUCCACCACAAUUUUACCUGUUUGCAGUGCCCGCAUGUGGGCUGUUUCAAUGACGUCCACAACCAUGCUUACACCCACUAUAAGCUCACCCAACAUGUCUUCGCUAUCGACAGCCACUCGGGCUUGCUUUACUGUUUUCCGUGCGGAACCUAUGUCAACCAUCCUGCUCUAGAUAAAGUCAGACAGGAGGUGUUGUUGAGUGCUACAGACUACAGCGAUCUAAUUAAAAGCGAGGUAGAUGAAGAAUUUGAUUAUAGUGAUGUAGAUGCUCACUACUCAGACCCCAGCCGCUUGGGCGUAGACGGGUUGAAGGGCUUUGUCAACUUGGGUGCCACUUGUUUCAUGAGUUCCAUCCUCCAGACCUUCAUCCACAACCCCAUCAUCAAAAACCAUUUUUUUAACAACGACUUGCAUUACUUCAACUGCGAAAAGAGCAUGGCACAGGGUUCGACUCUCGACGAAAAUAACGCAUGCAUAACAUGUAGCAUCGAUAACAUAUUUCAGCUCUUCUACACCUCUAACAGCAUUGAAGGCUUUGGAAUGACGAACCUCUUGACCACAGCGUGGUACAAGAAAAAGUCGUUGGCCGGAUUCCAAGAACAAGAUGCCCACGAGUUCUGGCAGUUUAUCUUGAACGAGUUCCACUCAGACUACGAAAGGAUCAGAUCCAACACUGGUUUAAGUCCAAUGUCAACUUCAGACUGCAAUUGCAUUACACACUCUACAUUCUCAGGAGAACUACAAAGCUCUAUAAGAUGCCUCUCGUGCGAAUCUGUGACCAAGACUAUCGACCCGAUGGUAGACUUGUCGCUCGAAAUCAAUCACUUGAAGCUGAACCAUCCUGGAAGCCAGAUAGAUUUGUACGACUGCCUCGACCUCUUCACCAGCGAUGAGAAGUUAGAUGUUAUGUACACCUGUCAAUCGUGUGGUGACAAGACCAAGGCUAUCAAGUCGUUGAGUGUCAAGUCGCUUCCGCCUGUUCUAUCCAUCCAGUUGAAGCGAUUCAAGCAUAAUUCGUUGAACGACACUUCGUCCAAAAUCGAAACUCCUAUAAAGAUUCCUCUCUAUUUAAACAUGACUAGGUAUUCUAUAGGUCAUGAUCCCCACGAUUCAGAGCAAAUUGAUGAAGACAAAAUCUUCGAGCUCUUCGCCUUGGUGUGCCACAUCGGCUCGGUGAAUACGGGCCACUACAUAGUACUCACCAAAGAUGGCAAUGGCCAGUGGUUCAAAUUCGAUGACAGCGUUGUCUCGAUGGUUUCGCAAGAGGAGGUAACCAAUACAAACGCAUACUUGGUGUUCUACAUCACCCACAAGAUCUAG